AUGGACGAAAUCCUCAAAGAGGCCAGCGAAGCACGUAAGUUCAGCAUCUCUUUGGCCCACCUCGACUACAGCGACGACUUGGUCGCCCAGAUGAAGAAGCACAGUGUCAAACUCGAGACCAUCUAUGCCAAACUCCAAGAUUUGAAGAAGCGCGGGGUGAAAAACAACGCGAGCUUUGAGAAGUUCUACUCCAUCUUUGAGGCGAUGAAUCAGUGGUACAAGAAAGCCGAGGCCAUUCAGAUAUUCGGGCGUCUGCCAAAGCCCUUCAGCCAAUCCAGCAUCGCGACCAGCACCUCCACCGCUUCGAGUCUACGCAAGCGCAAAUUCGACGACAUGCAACACAGCGAGGUGGGUGAAGAGUUCAUACGUAUGCUGGGUACUGGACGAGCAACGGUGGCACAAAUCGCUGAUUUGGCUAGGGCUGCUGUUUCGGACGGGCUGCCGCUGGAAGCUGUGAAGGCAUUCGCUUCGUUGGGAGGGGAGGGCAAGCAUCCUUCCAAUCAAGAGCGCGACUUGCACAACUGGCUGAAGCGGCUGUUUGGUUUUGAACUAGAGAUGUACAACGUCUUGAUGGAUGUUAAUGUUGAACACGAGGACGAGCCCCAGACAGUGGAGAUUCCGUUCCUCCUUCCGCACGAGAUUCUGCAUUGCUUGUACAACUCAGGCCGUGAGCAGUUUGCCCGCUCAAUGACUGGUGGGCGCACUGGUGCUGAGAUGAAGAGUUUCUGGAUGCAUGCAAUGCAGCAUACUGAGUGGAAAGAUCAUCCAGUACUCAAUGAUCCGAAAAAUGAUUUAGAAAGAGUUCUGCCGGUUGUUUUUCACGUGGACGGAGCAGAGUUCUACAAGAACAACGAAUAUGUUGUUUGGUCAAUGAGCUCUAUUCAUGCAAAGGCUGAUGUGUGGGAUUGCAAGAUGCCGCUUUGCAUCGUCCCGCACGUGGCUAUGAGGGAUGACUCCGUGGCAGCGCACGUUCACAAACGUGUUGCGGAAAUACUAGCAUGGAGCAUGGAGUGUGCAGCGACCGGUUUGGGACCCACCGUUGGCGAAGACGGGCUACCUUUUCAGAGUGCUUGGAGGCAUCGAUUGAAGGGACAGGUUUUGUCCGGCGGUUUCAAGCUAGCAUACACUGGCUUCAAAGCGGAUAUGAAAGCACGCAUGCAGGCCAACCGCUUUGAAAGAUACUACAACUGUGAUUUGAUUUGUGAACAAUGCUUCGCCGAGAAGGCGAAACCAGAGAAAACGUGCCCUUUCACCGACUUCAGCGAAGGUGCACCCCACAGGCUGACCCGUAUUAGUCAUACAACUUAUAUGCGCACGGCGUUGGAAGUGUCACCAUGGGCAUGCAUGCCUGGCUGGAACUUGCACACGGUUCUAUUGGAUAUGAUGCACAUUCUUUAUUUGGGUACGCUUCGGGUCAUGAUUUCUUCGUGCAUCGUGUUCUGGAUACGCUUCAAUGCUCUGGGUGGUGGCACCAUUGCUCAGCAACUUUUGCGCUUGUCGUCCGAGAUGAAGAAAAAGUGUCGCGAGAAUGGGAUACGAAUGAAUGUCCGCAGCUUCACUCCGAGCAAUAUUGGUAUUGGAAGUUCUAUGAACGAAGAUCCUGAACUCUGUUCAACCUUCAAGGCAGCUGCUAUAAAGUCUUCACUGUGGUUCCUGGCUUGGAAAGCCGAAGAGAUUUCGAAAGCGCAACCGGAGGUUCUGCCCCUGAAGUUCGUGUCGGUCUGCGUUUGGUCGAUUCAUUCUGCCAUUGUGCAGCUGGACCACGCUGCAUUAGUUAUGGACGAGGACACCUCAAAGGUAUCAUACCGACAUAUUCGACGUCAUCUCACUUGUUGGCAGUGGCUGUCGACCUUCUCGCAAUCGCAAGGCUGGCGUCUGUGGAGACUGAAACCAAAGCACCAUUAUUUCGAUCAUGUUUCCGAUUUCAUUUUGAGAACACGGAUCAACCCGAGCAUCGGAGCGGUGUGGGAGGAAGAAUCUUUCUUAGGGCGUUUGAAGAAGAUAGCUGUCCGCUGCCAUGCAGCAACUGCGAUGAAACGUUUGAUGCAGCGGUAUCUACUGCUGAUGGGCCUGAGGCUCGAAGAGUCGCGUCGGGUUGCCCAGCGAACCUAG